GUACAAAUGGUACUUCGAACUUGGAACGAGCAUGAAGAAAUUAACGAUACUUCUUUAUCUUUUGAGUUGUUCUGCCGGAUGGGUCGCUCAAGACCUUUGGUCCGGACUCGAUGAAAAAAAUGGGAUCACUUCUUAUGGGUUCGUUCAGAAUGAUUCUGAUCUAGUUCAUGGCCUAUUAGAAGUAGAAGGCGCUCUGGUGGGAUCCUCACGGACAGAAAAAGAUUGCAGUCAGUUUGAUAAUGAUCGAGUGACAUUGCUUCUUCGGUCCGAACCAAGGAAUCCCUUCUAUAUGAUGCAAAACGCAUCUUGUUCUAUCGUUGAUCAGAGAGUUCUCUAUGAAAAAUAUGAAAAAUACGAAUUGUGGUUUGAAGAAGGAGAAGAGGUACUCGACUCGCAACAGAUUGAGAUAGAGGAGGAUGAACAGAUAGAGGAGGAUGAGGAUUUAUUCAAUAGCUUGUGGGCCCAUCAAGCGCAACAAGCAUGGGAAAUGUUAGCAAGGCUCUAUGCUAAUCAUUCUCGCACUUGGGUGAUCACCUUGAAGGAACACCUCCAAAACAUUGCCAUUCUGUUUGUAGCCUAUUUACAUGGUCUCAAAAUUGCUGCUGAUAAAUUGGGAGCUAUUGAUCAUCCAUUCAACAACGAUGAUCUUACAGUUUAUAUUCUCAAUAGUCUUGGACCUGAGUUUCGGGAGAUUACAACUCCUCUUCACGGGACUCCUCUUUUUCCUUUGAUGGCUUGCAUGACUAAUUGGUAGCUCAUGAAGAAUGUCUCAAACAUGAAGAAGCCCAUCUUGAGAUCACAUCGGUGACCACUCACUAUGUUGCUGCUUCCUUUAAUUCCAAUACUGAUUCCUUUUCUUCAUUAAGUGUAGGCAACUCUUUGACCUCUCUUGGCCGCCACCCUCAAUAGGU